GUGGCUUUCCGUGCUGGCCCUGGGGCUGCGUGUCGCGUGGGCAGGGCGGUGUGUGCGGCAGGGGAGCUGAAGCGAGAGUUUGGCGUGCUGGAGGUUGGCGGCCUUAAGAGAAAAGUGUUGGACUGGGGAAAAAAAAAAAAACUGAUUUGGGAGGAGGCAGCAAGAGGAGACCCUGAUCUGCAUCUUCCCCGGAUCUGGGUGGGAUGUCUGCAGCGGAUGGGAGCAGAUGGACUUGCUGGCAGCUUUGUAUGGGGAAAAACAGCCUCUUUGCUGCCACCAAGGACUUUGUGUUGGACCUCGAUGGCGUGGAGAUGUGGGAGAGAUGGUAGGAGCUCUGAGGGAGGAGGGCAGCUGCCCCCCUGCCAUGCAGCCUCAAAGGGUUAACAGGUCCCAGGGAGCCUGGAGGGACCAUUCACACCCUCUGCCCAGUCCUGGGAAUCCCCCAGUGCUAAUUGAGCACUAAGCAGAUCAAAGGCUCCAAUCAGGCAAUCAACACCCCCCUGGCCCGUCUUCAGGUCCCCAGCCCCGGCUGCUCUUUGUCUGCGGGAAGGAGAGCAGGGCAAUGUGGCUUCUCCCCACGCACGCCAGCUUCAGAGCCGGCCUUGCCUGGGCUCUCGUCAGCGUGGUUCUGGGGAUGGAGUUAAGUUUGCAGGAAAGUUUGCUUUUAAAAUCCUUGGGUUUGAGCACCAAACCCAGCCCGAAAAACCCCAUUCCUGUGCCAUCUGUGCUCUGGAGGAUCUUCCAGAAGAGAAAGAUGCUGCCUUCUGCAAACAAAGACCUGGCGGAUGCUUGUAGGGUGGAGGAAUUCAACGUCCCUGGGAAUAUCAUCCGCGUCUUUGCUGACCAAGGCCACUUCAUUCAUAACGGGCAGCCCCAGAGGUUGCUGUGCCUGCAGAAGCGUCUGUACUUUAACCUCUCCGUGCUGGAGGAGGGCGAGCACUUGACGAUGGCUCAGCUAGAGAUCAAAUUCAGCCACAACUCCUACCACACCUCCAGCCAGGGGCAGGUUUUUGAGCUGAGGCUUUACCAAACCUCGCAGAUGUCUCUACGGGGGAUGCCCACCCCCGAGAACAGCCGAAAGCUGCUGGUGGAGCAAUCCUUCGCCCAGCUGCACAAGUCUCUUCUCUUCAACCUGAGCGGGGUGGCGAAGGACUGGAGACUGUACAGCAGGAAUCUGGGCUUAAUCCUGGAGAUCUCGGUGAGCGGCGGCGAUGGUGCAGCAUCCCUGACGCACGGGGGGCUGCAGAGCCUCUGUGCCAGCAUCAACUCCUUCCUGGACACCUCUCUCCUGGUGGUGACCCUCAGCCAGCAGCAGUGCAAGGCUUCCAGGAGGAGGAGAAGUGCUCACUACGCCCCCGUCACUCCGAGCAACCUCUGCAAGCCCAGGCGCCUGUACAUCAGCUUCAGCGACGUCGGCUGGGAGAACUGGAUCAUCGCCCCGCAGGGCUACAUGGCUAAUUACUGCCUGGGCGAGUGCCCCUUUCCCCUGACAGCGGAGCUGAACAGCACCAACCACGCCAUCCUCCAAACCAUGGUGCACUCGCUGGACCCGGAGGGGACCCCCCAGCCCUGCUGCGUCCCCGUCAGGCUCUCCCCCAUCUCCAUCCUCUACUACGAUAACAACGACAACGUGGUGCUGAGGCACUACGAGGACAUGGUGGUGGAUGAGUGUGGCUGCCGGUAGCGGAGCGGCUGGGGUCCUGGGGUGACAUGGGGUCCUGGCUGAAGCGAGGAAUGAGUGAUGGAAUAAAUCUGUGUGUGUUAAAUCCCCUCUGUGCUGGUGUUCAGGGAGUUUCCCAGUUGGGGCAAUGAGUGUCAGAGCUCCCCUUCCCCAAGUGCAGCCAGGGCCAAGGUCUGGCACCAAGGGAAUGUUACUGGAGUUGUGAUUUAGUAACAGCUGGUGCUCGGCCCUCCACGCAGCCACCAGCCUCGGAUGGGAUUAUGAUCAAGGCUGGUGCUGGUUAUUCCAGUCCCCACGGGCGAUGGUGGCACCAGGCUGUGAAUCCCAGACCCCUCGUGUGCUUGCCUGAGCUGCUGCGGGUGCCAGCACCUGCUCAGCUCGCGCUUUUCGGCUAAACCCUGCAGCUUGCUUAGUGUGUAAAGAAACUUGUUUGGGUGAAAUAACGCUGCCGGGGGGCCGGGCUGGGCUGCAGCACGGGCGGGCCGGGAGGAGGCGAGGCGGCGGCUCCCCGGUCCCGCUGCAGGGAGAGGUAUGGUGUCACAGCACGAGCUGCGUCGCUGCGUGACUGAAUCCCUCCCUGCAGCGGUGGCAGAGCCUGGAGGAGCGCGGGGUUCUCGGUUCCUCCGGGAACUCGGGCCUGAGCUGGUUUCCUGGCGGGUUCGGAGGUACAGCGGCUUUGUCUGAACCAGCCCGUGGGUUCUGCGGGGAGGAUGUUUUUGGCUGAGGAAAGCAAGGGUGAAGAGGGGCUGUGGUGCCCCACUGCAGCGGUGGGCACGGGGUCUGUUGGUGUUGGUCUGUUCCCUCCCAGCCCUGCUGUGAGUCAGUAUUUAAUUUACCUCAUUUGCAAACCGAUGAGACCAGCGUGGUGCGUCCCGUGGCCGUUCCCCACCUCCCCGGCGGCCGCAGGCCCAGCCCGACCUGCAGCCGAGCAUCAGGCAAGGGCAGCUCCGCACGGCGCAGCGCCAAUACAGCCCUGCUACGGCAGGCGCCACGGUCGCGUGGCUGUGCGAUUUAGGCUUAGUUUAGUUUAAUUUGUUGGGUUUUUUUUUGGUUUCUUUGUUUUUUCCCUCGUUGGCUGUGGUACCCAGCCCUUGCAGCGGCACAGCCGAGCGCUCUCAGGGCUGCAGGAGGUUUUUACCGCCUGGGCGCAGCGGCCAGGCCCAUCUCGGUGCCGGCCGGUGUCCAACGGCUGCCACAGCCGCGCGUGGGCCCCUCCGCUGGGGUUUAGCACCAGCCCUUCCCCCUGCGGCUUUCCUGACACCCCCGCGGCUUAUUUUUGGGGCAAGGGGGUAGAACUGAAAAGGAAUCCAUGUUAGACUUGACCUUUUCGUGUGCUUUCUCUUUUUUUAAAAAUGUGAAUCUCACCCCAUAGCAGAGAUUAUUCUGGUUUUUUUGUACCGAUGUUGUAUUGUCUCCAAGGUCUGAUGAAGCGGGGGCCAAGCUAAGCUAGGCCUUCUCCCUCCAGGGAAGCACUGAAGGUUUAACCACUGUUGGGUUUGCAGAGGAAAUGUCUUCCUGGCCCCUGUGACAGUGAUUUGCUAACGUCCCUCACCUGUGUAGCUGAAGCCCAAGCUAGGAGUAGCCCCCGUACUUUAGCUGUGUGGUGCACUAACGUUCUCACAUCCAAACGUGUUUCUUGGCAGCGCCGUGGACUUGCCGAGAGCUCCGGGGCCCGUCGGCCCUGCUUUACUGCAGCAGCUGAACAAGAGCUAUGCUGAAACCCAUUUCAAGCACUUAAAUGUUUUAAGGGCUUAGAGUAGGACUUAACUGAAGCAAGCAGGAGCCCUUUCUUUCCAGUUUAAGACAGGCAGGACUAAGAAAACAUUUAAGUAACAUUUAAGUAUUAGUUGUUUGUGCCUGUGCUGCAGGAGACGAAGGGGUGACUGCGUACCUGCCUCUCGUGUGCCGCAGGGUGACUGUCCCCCUCUGGGCCCCCCUCCAAGCACCAACAGGAUGCGGGUUACAGCAGCGACCAGAGAGCGAGCCUGGGAGUAGCUGUAAGAAGCUUAGACACAGGGUGGUGCUAAGACCAGGCCUAAACACUGGCACCGUGUUGCAGUAGAUGCUGAGCCGCUCCUGGGCCAGCCCCAGCUGCCUCAGGCUGAGCUUUGCCAAACACGCACCUGAAACACAGGAAAACGCCACAUUCACAUUUACUGCGGCACAGGGGCAGCAGGAGGGGGAUAUUCCAGGCAGGACUGGUCACCUCUAGAGCCAGCCUUAACUCUGGCAGCUCCCCCCUGCACCCCGGGCCCAAACUGCCACCGGGGGCUCAGCAUCGUCCCCUCUGAGCCAGAGGAGGGAAGGGGGGAGGGUAUUUAACAGAGCUGUCACAGUUCAUUUGCUCACCCAUGUACGCUAUGCACUCCCCCCCCCCCCCUUUUGUACUAGUCUGUGUUUAAACAAAGUAAUAAACUUGGAAGUUUAUACAAUCAGA